AUGUUUGACAGUUCGCAGUACCCCUAUAACUGCUUCAACGACGACGCUGACGACUACCCUGCCGGCAGCUCUGACAGGGAAAAACGGCUCACAAGACCAGCAUACAGCUACAUCGCGCUGAUCGCCAUGGCCAUCCAGCAGAGCCCCGCGGGACGCGUGACCCUGUCUGGCAUCUACGACUUUAUUAUGCGCAAGUUCCCCUAUUACCGCGCCAACCAGCGCGCCUGGCAGAACUCCAUCCGCCACAACCUGUCGCUCAAUAGCUGCUUCGUCAAGGUGCCACGAACCGAGGGCCACGACAAGGGCAAAGGCAACUACUGGACGUUCGCGGGCGGCUGCGAGUCCCUUCUGGAUCUUUUCGAGAAUGGCAACUUCCGUCGGCGACGCAGGCGACGCGGCCCCAAGCGCGAGGGACCCCCAGGUUCCCUCGAGCCAGCAGCGCGCGGGUCCCCGGACGCUGACAACGCGCGAGCCCCAGACCGCGAGGUCGGGGCUAGUCCUGCCACACACAGAGACAUCAAAUUCAGCAUUGACUACAUCCUGUCUUCCCCGGACCCUUUCCCUGCGCUCAGGUCACCCUGUCACUCGCAGGAAGCCAGGUAUCCCGUGCUGGAGCCCCAUCAAAUGAGCUUCCAUUUUUGGGCAGCAUGAGGUGGCCUCCGAAGCGCUGCAGUCCGUUGAGGACUUGGGCCUGACUCCCCUGAAGAACGACUUGGACCAGGGAUCUUGAAUCAAGAACCCUGGACGUUGCCACAUCUACAUACAUCUUCCCAGACUGCCCAGGGAACUCAGCUCUCCACUUGGAGGAAAGCUCUGGAGACCUUCUUAUAAAAGGUAU